UGUAAACCGAAAUCAGGCGAAACAAUCGUCAUUAGUGGAGCUGCAGGUGCGGUCGGUUCACACGUGGACCAGAUCGCCAAAAUUCUGGGCUUAAAUGUUAUCGAUAUAUGCGGUUCCGAUGAGAAGUGCAAUUGGCUUACUGAGGAAAUGGAUUUCGAUUUUGCCAUCAAUUAUAAGAUCGGGCCAGUCGGAACUAAAUGCGGGGCAAAAUUGCUCCGCAAGGCGUGGAUUGCUAUUUUGAUAACGUUUUUUCACAAGCUUCAUCGGUCUGUUGGACCUUUAGAGGUAUCUUCACUAAGCGGCACGAUCGCCAACAGUUGUUCAGUUGACAAUGAUACGCAGUUGUGUGAGCGUCGAAAACUCUGAGCGUCGCAUUUGAUAAUGAUUGAACAUGAAUAAUGCUCCUGCACAUGCACCUGCUCAUUCAGCUCACCUGAUUCAGAAGUUUUUCUAAACACAGCAUUAUCCAACUUCAUCAACCUUCGUACAGUCCAGAUAUAGUCCCGUGUGACUUUCAGUUAUUUCCUAAGUUAGAACAUCCAUUGAAGGGCAAAAGAUUUGACGAUGUUGAAAAAAUAAAGUAAAAUGCGACGAGGUGUCUGUUGGCUAUUACAAUAAACGACUUCCAGGAUUGCUUUCGCAAGUGAGUGUACCGUUGACAGAAGGUCAUUGCUUCGAAAAGAAAUUACUUUAAAGGCGAGGUUGUAGAUAUCACUCCGGAACAGCUCAUGAUACAACAAAGGUCGAAUACUUUUGAGACAGACCUCGUAUUUUUUAAGAGUUAGUGUCAAUCUAUCUUACGUAUCUGCGCAUUUCAAACAAUUUGUGUGCAAAUAUAAAGAUGAUCAUGUUCAAAUCAAUAUUGCGUGAGAUAUCAUGGAACCGCAGUUGCUUUAUCGUGACUGCUCGUUCCCUUCGCAAUAAUGGCGGUGAAAUCGUAUUGACGAUUCCGAGGAAUGUUUGCAUUCGAAAUUUUUCAUCGCAAUCACAUAAAAUAGUAAAGGCGAGGAAAUAUGUGGUAGUAAAUCAUUUUGUUAAUGAAGCAAAGCCAACGGAUCUAAAACUGGUGGAAGAAGAGCUGCCGCCGUUGCAGAAUGGAGAAUACCUUGCGGAAGCUGAAUACUUUUCUGUGGACCCAUACAUGAGACCGUACGUGAGAAGAUACCCGCUCGGGAUCACGAUGCUCGGCACCCAAAUCGCCAAGAUCGUAGAAUCUAAAAAUCCAGCUUUCCCAGUUGGCAAGAAGAUCGUCGGAAAUAUGGGGUGGAGAACUCAUACGAUUGUCAAUCCAAAAUUCAAAGAUCGGGUGUUCCAAGAACACCCGUAUCUUUUGCCAGACAUAAGUGAUUUGCCGUCGUCCCUUUGUCUUGGCAUUCUAGUUUUGCCCAGUAACACAGCAUAUUUCGGUUUGCUGGAGAUAUGCAAACCGAAGUCUGGCGAAACAAUCGUCGUCAGCGGAGCCGCUGGUGCGAUUGGCUCGCACGUAGGUCAAAUUGCCAAGAAUGUAGGCCUAAAUGUCGUCGGUAUAUGUGGCUCCGACGAGAAGUGCAAGUGGCUUAUUAAGGAAAUGGGUUUCGAUUCCGCCAUCAAUUACAAAACCAUGCCAGUAGCGUCCAGUCUAUGCAAAGCUGCUCCACAAGGCGUGGAUUGCUAUUUCGAUAAUGUUGGCGGAAAUAUCUCCAGCGCAGUCAUAUACCAGAUGAAGCCAUUUGGCCGAGUAGCCGUAUGUGGUAGCAUCUCGAGCUACAACACGGACCGCUCAUCUUUGCCAAAGUGUACGAUCCUGCAACCCAUUUUAUCGAAACAUGAAUUGAGAAUGGAGGGUUUCCUCGUUACACGCUGGAUGGAUCGAUGGAAUGAAGGCAUUAUGCAGAAUCUGCAAUGGCUACGCGAGGGCAAACUUCAUUACCGUGAGACCGUGACCAAAGGUUUCGAGAACAUGUUUGAGGCGUUUAUUGGCAUGCUGCGCGGCGAGAACAUCGGCAAAGCGAUCGUCCAGGCGUAAACAUCAUACAUCUAUCGGCGCGAACCGAAUCCACUUCUCAUAAUAUUAAUGCCUUCAAUUCUAUAACUGCAUGUUAUGUAUAAUAUUUUUUUAUAUUUUUGAGAUAUUGAGAAAGAGAUAUUGAGAUAUUGAAUUUUGUAUUCAAUUUCCAAACGUUCUUUACGUUUUUUUAUAUUAUAAUCAAGCGUUUUAUAUAGACAUUUAAAAGAU